AUGGACCCUGCUACUGCUAACCAUGCCCUCCCCGAAGACUUUACAGAAGAUGUCGUUCCUGAUAUACUAGAAAAGGAAGUCGGAGCUAUUGUCGAUGUCAACCCAACGUUAACGACAUCCUCGCCAGCACCGUCUUAUAUUGAACUGAUAGAUCCGGGUGUAUACAACAUUGAGAUUUACGCAGAAAUGUACAGUCGUCCGCUAUAUCGUGUUGCUCUGUUCUUCUCGCUUUUUCUUAUCGCUUACGCUUAUGGGUUAGAUGGUAAUAUCCGUUACACUUUCCAGGCAUAUGCCACUUCAUCGUACUCCCAACACUCUCUGCUGUCGACUGUCAACUGUAUUAAGACGGUCAUUGCUGCUGUAGGCCAGAUCUUUUUUGCGAGAUUGUCUGAUAUUUUCGGCAGAUUCUCCAUCAUGAUCGUCAGUGUCAUUUUUUACAGUGUGGGUACCAUCAUCGAAUCGCAAGCAGUAAACAUCACCAGAUUUGCCGUUGGUGGUUGCUUUUAUCAAUUGGGUCUUACCGGUAUCAUUCUAAUUCUGGAAGUUAUUGCCUCGGAUUUUUCCAAUCUGAACUGGAGAUUAUUAGCUUUAUUCAUUCCAGCUUUACCUUUUAUAAUUAACACUUGGAUAAGUGGUGAUGUGACAAGCGCCAUAGGUACCAACUGGAAAUGGGGUAUUGGCAUGUGGGCUUUCAUAUUGCCCCUUGCUUGUAUUCCGCUUGGAAUUUGUAUGUUGCACAUGAGAUAUUUGGCAAGGAAGCACGCAAAGGAUAGAUUGAAGCCUGAAUUUGAAGCCCUGAAUAAAUUGAAGUGGAAAUCAUUCUGCAUAGAUAUCGCUUUUUGGAAAUUGGACAUUAUUGGAAUGCUAUUAAUUACUGUUUUUUUUGGAUGCGUACUGGUUCCAUUCACACUAGCCGGCGGCUUAAAGGAAGAAUGGAAAUCUGCACAUAUUAUUGUCCCUGAAGUUAUCGGUUGGGUUGUUGUGUUACCAUUAUACAUGCUAUGGGAAAUGAAGUAUUCGAGACACCCACUAACACCGUGGGAUUUGAUUAAAGACAGAGGUAUAUUUUUCGCUUUGCUCAUUGCAUUCUUUAUUAAUUUCAACUGGUAUAUGCAAGGUGAUUAUAUGUAUACUGUGCUGGUCGUCGCUGUCCAUGAGUCAAUUAAGUCCGCCACGAGAAUCACCUCUUUGUAUUCAUUUGUUUCGGUCAUCGUCGGUACAAUUCUUGGGUUCAUACUGAUUAAAGUGAGAAGGACUAAACCAUUUAUUAUUUUUGGUAUUUCUUGCUGGAUUGUCUCCUUUGGCCUUUUGGUCCAUUACCGUGGUGACUCUGGUGCACAUUCCGGUAUCAUUGGUUCUUUGUGCCUGUUAGGUUUUGGUGCAGGUUCGUUUACUUAUGUGACACAGGCUUCCAUUCAAGCUUCUGCUAAAACACAUGCCAGAAUGGCGGUAGUAACUUCAUUAUACCUAGCCACUUAUAAUAUCGGUUCUGCGUUUGGUAGUUCUGUUAGCGGGGCCGUCUGGACUAACAUUCUACCAAAGGAAAUUUCGAAAAGAAUUUCUGAUCCCACACUAGCUGCACAAGCAUAUAGUGCUCCCUUUACAUUUAUCACCACUUAUACCUGGGGUACACCUGAGAGAAUUGCCCUAGUCAUGUCUUACCGCUAUGUUCAGAAGAUUCUAUGUAUCAUAGGUUUGGUGUUUUGCUUUCCUCUGUUAGGAUGUGCCUUUAUGUUGAGAAAUCACGAACUUACAGAUUCUAUUGCCCUUGAAGGCAAUGACCAUUUGAAAAGUAAGGACUCUUUUGAAACUGAGGAGAAGCAAGAAAGUUUCUUGAAAAGUAUGAUUUUUACUCGGUUCACACGUAGUGAAGAUAAAAGAAAUUGA